AUGAACACCUGGCGUUGCACUCUCUUGGCCGCUGGCCUGGUGGGCUCAGCUGUUGCCAAGAACGUUUUGUUCUACUCUACUCUCCAGUACACUGAGUAUGACAGAGCUGCCGGCGUUCUCGGAUACGAAGCAACAGUGGUGGACGAUGCCCAGUGGCGGUCGAUGACUACCGCCGACUUUGCCCAGUUCGAUGCCAUCAUCAUCAGCGACCCCGACUGUUCAACAGACAUCAACACUAUCAAGUUCUUCGACGAUACCAAGGAUGCAUGGAGCCCGGCCGUCCAGGGCAACGUGGUCCUGAUCGGCACAGACCCGGGUUAUCACGGCUCCGACGUCGCAGGUGCUAUAACGCUGAUGGACAACAGUGUGCGCUUCGCGGCAGCAGGCGGAAAGACCGGUCUGUAUUAUGCUCUAUCUUGCUACUAUGCGACUGGAGCAGCGGCGACAGUUGCCAGCGAACUAUCCGGGCUGGGAAACUUCGUCGUCCGCAGUGACAUCAGCUGCUACGAUGACGUCCACAUCGUUGCGUCUUCUGAUGCUCUCUCCUCGCUCGACGACGCCGCUCUGAGCGGCUGGAGUUGCAGUGUCCACGAAGUCUUCGCCGACUACCCUACCACCGGCGUGAACGGCUUCCAGGCCCUAGCAGUCGCCAGGGACGUGCUUGGAGUUGGGUCACAGAGCUUUGCUGAUGGCAGCGUCGGGCUGCCCUACAUCAUUUCCAGAGGAGCUACGCCUGCUGGCUGUGGCGAUGGUCAAUACCAGCCUUUCUAUGGCGAGGAGUGUGACCUUGGCGAGGAGAACGGCGGCGAGACCUGCAGCACUUCUUGCAAGUGUGUCUACGGUGUUGACGAUGCCCUUCUUGGAAGCUGUCUCCCUCCUCCUCUUACCCCUGAGCCGACACCCACUGAAUCAUCCUCGAUGCCCGCCCUCGUCGCUUCAUCGUCAGUGCCGGCCCUGGUCGCUGGAUCAUCAAUGCCCGCUGGGUCAUCAAUGCCGGCCCUCGUCCCUGGAUCAUCGAUGCCACCUACCACAAAGCCAUCUUCUCAUCCUGCUUCUUUCGGGACCGGAGUUCCUGCUAACUCGAGCUACAUAUCCGGUUCAACGUCGGCUCCAUUCCCAACAUCAACGCACUUGAAUAGCACUUCCUCAAGCUCCGUCCACUCUAGCCACGCCCACUCGAUCCCGGUGUACCCAGGCCACGUCCACGCAAGUCACACUCACUCGACCGUCACAUACUCCCCCUAUCAUCACCCCACCUCUGCGCCCGCCCUACCAUGCAAAGUCAUCGGCGUAGAGAUCAUCUACAUCAUCGAGAUCAUCGAGGUCUGCCCCGCAGGGAGUACGGUAACCACAACCCUCACAACCUGCGCGACGACGCUUCAGCGGCCGAUCUACAGUACCAGUGUCCCAGCCCAGCCAUGGUACGCCUCCGUCAUUGGCACGCCCGACGCGAGCGAGUUCGCAACGGUCCACGUGUCGUCGUGCCCGAGCAAGCCCGAGGCCACGCCGACCAUUACGGCUCAGUUAUGCCACGACUGUGCCGCUACCACUUACACGACCGAGAUCCCGGGCUAUGCUACGGGAACUGCCUGCUACGGAUGCUCCGCUUAUGUUACUGAGGUACCUCACGACCAUAAGGCAGCUGCUUCUAACACGAUGGUCGCGGGUGCUGGUGCUGGUGCUGGUACUGCUGGUGCUGGUACUGGUACUUCUGGUGCUGGUACUGCUGGUGCCGGUACUGCUGGUGCUGGUACUGCUGGCCCAGGUACUGCUUCUGGUACCGAGAUGGGACUGCCGUCAAUGGUCACUAAAUCAGCUUCUUCCGGCAAGGGGGUCGUCACUCCCCUUGCCUACGGCAUAAUUGUAACAUCUGCUUCCAACACCACGAUGGUCGUAUCCGCCGCUGCGGGCAAGUCAUCUAUGAUGACCACCGCGGCGCCCUCUGGCAAUGUCCCAUCGGCCCCCACGAACACCGCGUCGUAUGUGACCGCCGGCGCCGCCCGUCACGGCGUGGCUGGCGUCGGUGGUGGCUUGCUGGGUGCUAUGGCAUUUGCUAUCGCUGCCAUCUAA